CAUUAUUUCCAAUUUCUGUUUUCGUAAUAACAGCGUGAAAAUAAUUUUUUUUCAAUUUAUUUACCGAAAUUAAAUAAAAAUGUCACGCAAUUUAGUAUUUUACUUUACAAACUUCAUUAACCGCUUAGAGUCUCUAUUGCCCACCAUAUUUCAACAAAAUGCAGGAUUUCCUGCUUUGGCCUUAGCCGGUAUGCCAAGUACCUCUGCCGGUCGUUAUGGCCAAAAUGAGCAAUCCUCACAGCGUUCCCUGAAGGAUAUUAUCGGAGAUGGCAUUUUGUGGGCUGUACCCAAACACAGACGUACUGUAGAGAAACGUUUGAGCCGUAAAUUUGGUUAUCCUGAAUACAACUGGAAACUAUUGCGUACUAAGACCCAUUUGCGCACUUGCAAUCAAUGUGGCCAUGACCAUGAAGCUGGUAUUUUGUGUCCUCAUUGCUAUAACAAAGUGCGUGAAGAAACCAAACUAAUGCAAGAUCAGAUACAACAACAAUUAGGUUUAGAUCCUGUGGAACAAGAUGUUGUAGUCUUGUAUGAAGGAGAACGUUCUGAACAGCCUUCGGAAAUGUUAAAUGGCAAACGUAUUGUGGAGAUGCCCAAGCCCAGGCCUUUGUGGUUUACCAAAAAUCUUUUGCAAAAGACUACACAACAACCUUCAAAUUCCAAAGAAGUCAAGCCAAAUGAUUUAGCUUAAACUAAACUCUUACAAUUUGUUAUUUACUAAUUAGAAAUGAAACAAAAUAAUAAUGAAUUAAAAAUCGUUAACAAGAAA